GAAAUCAGCACUGACAUCAUGUUAUACAGAGUUGCUUUGGCCAUUAUUCAGGUGAUGAUUGAUUUUCAAGCAGCUGAAAGGAAGAGACUUGAAGAACCAGCCUCUGAAAUAGGUCUAAAUAGGUCUAGAGCCCUUGUGUGCAAUGAUUAACAACAAUUUCCGCUGCUAUGAUCUUGCCAUGGAGUUGAGUAACAGCACUCUCGAAGCUCUUCCACAGAGCUAUGCUGAACAGAUUAUUUUUGAAGACACUUGCAAAGGUUUCCUAGAAGUUGCAAAGGAAACUGUGCAUCAAACUGUUAGUGUUAUCUUUGAAGAUCCAGGAGUUCAGGAAUUACUCGUCAAGCUUUAUCACAAAGAAUGGUGUGAAGCACAGGUUACGGAGUACGUGUAUCUCCCAGAAUGGUGUGAAGCACAGGUUACGGAGUACGUGGUUGAAACAUUUCGUGAUUAUUUUAUAGAGAUUAAAAUGUACAUUGAAGAAAGAUCAUUCAGGAGAUUUGAUGAAUCUUGUCUGGAAGAAACUGUAGUUAUUUAUGUUGAUCAUCUGCUUACACAGAAAAAUUACAUCAAGGAAGAAACUAUUGAACGAAUGAGACUGGAUGAAGAAGUUAUCAUGGAUUUUUUCAGGGAGUACAUAACUGUUUCUGUAAGUUCUGUCCUUUGAACGCUGGUAACGUUC